GUUGUCAGCGGGGUCCUAGUGACCGCUCCGAAACACUUAGCUUAGCAACAAGAUGGCGGCGUCCUCGACCUCGCAGGUGAUUUCUCUGUACAGGAUCCUUUUAAGAGAAAGUUACAAGUUCCCCUCGUACAAUUACAGGACGUACGCAGUGCGGCGCGUGCGUGACGCCUUCAGAGUCAACAAGAAUGUGGACGACCCCAAAACGGUGGAGAGGUUGGUGCUGGAGGGCCGACAGUCGCUGGCGCUGAUCCAGAGACAGGUGGCGGUGGGCGACAUGUUCCAGGCCCAGAAGACGGUGGUGGAGUAGCAAGAGGAGGAAGUGACAUCAUGAGCCCUGUUCGUGUUUGUGAGCGCAUUGUGGGGGGUCUGGACCCAGCCCCCCUGCAAGAAAUGCGAAGGAAUUCAUCCGGUCUCGCACAGUUUGGCGUCGCGGUCGAGACCCGAAAGUCGGCGCGUCUCCCGUCAGCCGACCGCAAGCGGCCUCG